AUGGCCUCCGAGAUCGCCGUGCAGUGCGGGAAGCUGCCGGCCUGGCUGCUCACCAGGCGCCUGAUCCCGGAGGACUACCCAAAACUCCUUGCCGCCGCGCAGGUGAGAAUCAGCGAAGCUCGACAGGAGGCCAUCUCCGACGAGGCGGCCAGUGGGCUCAUCUCUGAGCACGGGGAGAACGUGCACUACCUGGCCGCGAAGCAGAUCUACGAGGCCGUCGUGCAGACGCCCGAGGGCCAGGCAAAGAGUCUGCUUGGUGGGCAUACGCACUCUGGCCCAGCGAAGUGGAAAGCCGUCCUGGACGCGUACCAGCGCCGCCACCUUGGCUGGGCCAGCGCGGCCCGGCUGCUGAUCCAGAAUGUCAACUACGAGAUCCCCGCCUUGAAGAAGCACGCAGCCUCCUGCGAGCGGCAGGUUUCAGACUGCACGGCGCGCGAGGCGGAGCUCGACCGGCAGGAGGCCAGCGCGCGCACCAGAUAUCGCGAGCUUCUGGCGGAGAUGGGAAUUGAAGGCUUCGACAUCCGCAAGGAGCUGAGGGCGCACUCGGCUCAGGCCUUCGAUCAAACACCAUGCCUUGCCUUCCCGACGAGUCGGCUCAACUCUACACUCGUCAGCAUCAGCCUUCGAGUUCCGAGGACCCGGCUCGGAACGAUGCCUCCGCUCCUUUGUCUCUCCUUGCUAUGGACAUCUCUGGCUUUGGGAGGGGCAAAUGAGGAGCUCAGCGAUGGGUCUUGCGCCUUGUCCUUGCGAGCGGAGAGACAGAGCCCACCGAUCCCACUUCAGUCUUUCCGCGGACCAAAAAUCGAAGCCGCGGAAGGGUAUCAUCAAGUGGCACAAGCGCGCCGCUCAAAGGGCGAUGAUAGGCCUUCCACGAAAGACUGCCGAUGGGAGCUCUUUGAGCAGCCUCUGUCGCACUUUGACCCUACAAACGUCACAUUCCAGCAACGGGUUUGCAUCUACGAUGGCUACGUCAAUGGAGGGGGCGGACCUAUCUUCUUCUACACUGGGAACGAGGCAGCAGUCGAUCUGUACGUCAACAACACCGGGCUUAUGUGGGAGCUUGGGAAAGAGGUGGGUGCGCUACUUGUCUUUGCAGAGCACCGCUACUUUGGAGAAUCUUCCCCGACACUGACUGGAAUGAGUAGCUGCUUGAAGUACCUGACCUCCGAGGAGGCACUGGCAGACUUUGCCAAGAUUGCCUGGAAUCUCACGCACGUCGCAACCGAAGAUGGCAGCUAUGUUGCGCCGACCUCCAAGAUUGUGACUUUCGGGGGCUCUUAUGGUGCGCGGCUCUCCGCCACAAUGCGUCUCAAGUACCCGCACUUGAUUUCGGGCGCCAUCGCAUCUUCCAUGGUCGUCAACCAAAUGGUGGACACACCGAAGGAAGAGUGGGGCAAUUUUUGGAGGGCAGUUCGAUACGGGAUGGACUUGGUGCCACAUUGCGGAGAUGGCACGUUGGCAAUGACCCUUGUUCUUUUUGAUGCCAUGAUGAGCUCAAAGGCCUCGCUCAUUGCCCCUGCGCUGAAUGCUGCGAUGCCAGGUCUUUGCAGGCCAUUGGAAAGUGGUGCUGAUCUAUUCUCCCUUGGCAUCGCACUCGUAACAAAACUGGAAACGCUGGCGCAGUCUAGCUUUCCUUUUGAGUCCAACUACAUGACUGUCGGAGGGUACAUGGAAAAUCCUAUUGUGCUUCCUCCGUUCCCACUCCAAGCCCUUUGUGAGAAGUUCAACGAGACAGCGGCAGCAAUCAAUAUCACGGGCGACAUGGACCAGCUCAUCUACACAAUGACGAUGAAUGGUCUGACGGUAGAGGCAGAUUGGAGCAGCACGGAAAGCAAUGAUUAUUCGGCUGAGGACUUCAACACGAGUGGGAUGCCUGAACUCAUUGCUGCCAUAUUUGAGGCACAGGUAAGCAUGUGGGGGGAGGACCCAUCAGCCGUCUUCUUGUGCCCAGUGCCGACGACGACUACGACUUCGACUACGUUGGUCAGUGAUGAUGUUUGCAGAAAGGAGCUUGACGAUGACUCAGAAGCCUGGCGAGCGCUGACCGUCAAUGACCUUUGGGCCUGGGCCAAUGCACCACCUACUGGCUUGGUUUAUUUAGCCCCACCUUCGAUGCAUUUGGACCGUGACUGGACUGUCAAGGAGCAGAUUCCAUCUGAGGAAGCAAAGAAGGAAACAAGCGCCCAGGGCUUGGCGAGUGAUGGGCUCCCAGGCGCCCGGCCGGGGAAAAUUGACUUGCGCGCCAACGAGUUCAAGUACAGCCUGAAGAGCAUGGUUCGCGAGAUGUCGAACGUCUUCUUCACGGUUGGGGAGCUGGACCCCUGGGGGUGGGCAGGCCUCACAGAAGAGAUGGCCCUACAGCAUCCGUCGAACAGGUUUGCGAAGAUCAAGCGCGGAGGGCAUCACGCCGACACGUUUUUCAGCACCGACCAGGACUACGAGGAGCUCCGUCAGGUCCGGGAAGCUGAGAAGCAGUUCAUCAAGGACAUCAUCGGAAAGUGA